AUGGCGGACCUCCUGAAGUCAGCCCAACUGUUUCGUAACGACCCUAAGGGUCCAAAGCAAGUGACUUCGGCCGAAUUACAAGGCAAAGUGGUUGGUCUAUUCUUCGCGGCUAAAUGGAACCCAACUUGUGUGGACUUUAUGGACUGGCUCAAGCAUUUUUACGGUCUGGCCAACAAAGACAAGCCUAUUUUUGAGGUGAAUUUUGGAUUUCAAAAACUUUUCAAUGUAUUCAUCAUAAUAGCGAUAAAGAAAGCUAUGAAAGAAGUUCCGAAUCUUACAAAAAAUAAUUUACCAUAAAGCGUGCAGAAGUACCGUAUGCCCCAUUUAAAAUUGCUUUUUUUCUAUUUUCUAGUUACUUUUUGACGCAACACCUUAAAGUUUAAAACAUUUGACCUUAAUAUCACUAUAGCUGCACUAUAACGUAUAAAACACAUCUAGAUUGUGUUCAUUUCCCGCGAUCACAGUGAGAACGAUAUGAAAGAGUACCUCAAGAUCCAUGGCCCCUGGCUGUACACCACUUAUGCCUGCAAAACCGUCAAAAGUUUGUUCGAGCGCUACACGCUGCGACAGAUUCCCCAGAUGAUGAUCAUCCAAAAAGGAGGUACUCCGGUUGUUGACGAUGGAAUCGACGCUAUCAAUGUGAGUUUUUUAAAUUAUACCGUAUUUCUAUCGUUUUUAUUGGUUAUUUUUACCAAAGGAUGUUUUAUCGUAUUUUACACUAAUUCUAUAUGUACUAGUACCAUACUGCAAUAUUGCCCAUACAAGAACUUUCGCUCUGAUUACCCAUCGUACGAAAUAAAUGUUAAACUAACAACAUCUUAUACAAUAGUACUAUACUUAGUAUAUGAUACUAAUAAACCAUUUUAGGACCCCAAAGUCGUGCCAGUUGAUCUGAUUAACAAAUGGAAGAAGCUCACCACUGAAUGA